AUGACGUAUGAUUCAGAUGCCGAAGAUGGCAGAGCUAGCGAGCAUACACCGAUGUUAGGUGGUUCUUCGCAUGAGACGCGAUCAAAUUCGAAAGAGGGAGACAAGAGGAGCAUUUGGACGUUUCUGCGUUUCUUCGGCGGUGGCAUUUAUGCACCUGACUCUUCGACCUAUGAUCCGAUUGAAAUCUUGCUCAACACCGAGGAUCCAAAAGAGAAGGAUGAGCUGACUAAACGAUGGAGAGAUAACAAACUGAGCGAGCUCAGUUUUGUGGGUGUUGUGUCUGCACUUCUUGCUGGCGUUCUCACUUCGACUGGAAGCUGGCCCAAUAUCCUUCCUAACGGACAACAAUCACCAUGGCCAAUCCGAACCUCCUGGUAUUGCGGCAUCAUUCUCUCCCUCUUCAGUCUUUUGACUGCAGCGGAUCAAACUGUACGUCUGCAUCGUAUCUCUGCGCACCGUGACGGGUUGGAGAAUUUGCGUAGACUGUUAGCCAAGACCAACGGUGAACGACGACGCUCGACGAAGACGGGACGCCGACAACCUAGCCUCCUCCAGGUCUUCACAUGGCAGAUGCCGGUCAUGUUCCUGACUACAUCAACGCUUUGCAUGAUCGUAGGAUUGUUCUUACACGUAUGGUCGGCCACUAGACAUCUCCAGUCCGCAAAGAUUUGGGACGAUGAUUUCAAGGUCGCUCUUACGUAUACUGUCGUUGCGGUAACAGCUAUCGCGACUUUCUUCGUAGGUCAAAUAUCCCUCUAUUCAUCAAGGCAGCGCAGGGAGUAG